GUUGUCGAAGUUCACCCUGCUUGUCAGUGUUGCUCUUGUAGCCGCUGUGCUGCUAGUGUCCAGAAACAGACGAUAAUAACUCACAGGGAUGUCUCUGUCUUUCGAGGGAAGAGUUGUGCUUGUCACCGGGGCCGGAGGAGGCCUUGGCAGGGAAUAUGCACUGGCUUUUGCUGUAAGAGGUGCCUCAGUUGUAGUGAAUGACCUUGGGACAGACACUAAAGGGGGUGGAAAGAGUUCUGCAGCUGCUGAUAAGGUGGUGGAGGAGAUAAGAGCGAAGGGAGGCAAGGCCGUGGCAAACUAUGAUUCUGUUGAAGAUGGAGAAAAAUUGAUCCAAUCAGCCCUGGAUGCAUUUGGAAGAAUAGAUGUUGUGGUAAACAAUGCUGGGAUCCUCCGUGACCGAUCAUUUGCCAGGACCAGUGAUUUAGACUGGGACCUGAUUCAGAGGAUUCACUUGAGAGGCUCCUUCUUGGUGACUCGAGCUGCCUGGAACCACAUGAAAAACCAAAAGUUUGGCAGAAUUAUCAUGACGGCUUCAGCCGCCGGCAUCUAUGGUAACUUCGGCCAGGCGAACUACAGCGCUGCCAAGCUGGGCAUGCUGGGGCUGUCAAACACGUUGGCCAUCGAGGGAAGCAAGUACAAUGUCCACUGCAACACUAUUGCUCCUAUCGCUGGGUCACGCCUCACAGAGAAUAUCAUGACCCCGGACCUUGUGGCGUCUCUGAAGCCUGAGUAUGUUGCUCCCCUGGUCCUCUGGCUCUGUCAUGAACAAUGCCAAGAAAAUGGAGGACUGUUUGAGCUCGGCGCAGGCUGGAUCGGUAAAUUGCGCUGGGAGCGUUCUCAGGGCUGCACUGUAAGAAAGAAGAACCAACCCAUGACUCCUGAGGCUGUCAGGGACCAGUGGGACAAAAUCUGUGAUUUUACAGAUGCCACCAAGCCUACCAGCGUACAAGAGUCUCUCCAGUCAAUCGUGAGUGUGCUGCCUCAGUUGGACUCGGAGGGAGACAUCGGUGCAAAUCCAACAGCUGCAGCUGCUGCAUCUUCGAUCAAUCCUUCUGAGGCAGUGGGACAAAAACUACCACCGACCACAUUCAACUUCGACCACAUCCAGUGUAUCCUCUACGCGUUGGGGGUCGGCAUGUCCACCAAGGACCCAGACCAUCUCAGGUUCCUGUAUGAGCGUCAUGAAAGCUUCAGCUGCAUCCCCACCUUCGGGGUCAUUCCCGCCCAGGCAGCCAUGAUGGGAGGCGGGCUCAGCUCAAUACCUGGACUCGACAUAGAUUUCACACAGGUAUUGCAUGGAGAGCAGUAUCUGGAGCUUUACAAACCUUUGCCAACCUCAGGCACUCUCACCUCUGAGGCCACCGUAGCAGACAUUUUGGACAAAGGAUCCGGAGCCCUCAUCCUCUUGGAUGUGAACACCUUCAUCGGCAACGAGCUGAUUUGCUACAACCAGUUUUCAGUGUUUGUGGUCGGAGCUGGAGGGUUUGGAGGGAAGAGAACCUCUGAAAAAGCCAAAGCUGCCGUGCCCCCACCUAAACGGGCACCAGAUGCUGUGGUGAUUGAUUCGACCACGAGAGACCAAGCCGCCCUGUACCGUUUGAGCGGAGACUGGAACCCUCUUCAUAUAGACCCCAGCUUUGCCGCUAUGGGAGGCUUCAAGGCUCCCAUACUUCAUGGCUUGUGCUCGUUCGGCUUUGCUGCGAGACAUGUCCUCAAGCAGUUUGCCGACAACGACCCCUCCAGAUUCAAGGCCAUCAAGGUUCGCUUUGCAAAGCCAGUGAUGCCAGGUCAGUCACUACAGACUGAGAUGUGGAAGGAAGGCAACAGAAUUCACAUCCAGUGCAAAGUGAAGGAGACCGAAGCCGUUGUGCUAGCUGGGGCCUACGUUGAUUUACACGGCACAUCAGAGGCUUCUCCAGAAACUGUCACCCAAGCGGGGGGCCUUCAGAGUGAGCUUGUGUUUGCAGAGAUCGGCCGUCGUAUCAAAGACGUGGGCUCAGAGUUGGUCAAGAAGGUGAAUGCUGUGUUUGGCUGGGAGAUCACCAAUGACGGCAAGACGGCUGCACAGUGGACCAUUGAUCUGAAGAAUGGCAGCGGCUCCUUGCACAAAGGCCCUUACAGCGGGAAGGCGGAUGUGACCUUCACCGUGUCGGAUGAAGACUUCAUGGAGGUGGUGCAGGGGAAACUGAACCCUCAGAAGGCGUUUUUCUCCGGCAAGCUGAAGGUUAAAGGGAACAUCAUGCUGAGUCAGAAGCUGGAGGUCAUCCUGAAGGACUACGCCAAGCUGUGAGCUCCUCAGCCAACCACUCAGAUGACUCUUUCACCGAUUGACCAGCCGACCAGCUCUCUCUGUCUGUCUUCUUUACUUCUCCUGAUUCAUGAAUGUGUACAAACGCCUAAACAAAUCAGCCAGUAAGAUAAGGACUACUUCAGAGUGAAUUCUCUCAUAUAAAUUACCUCUAACUUCGGUAUUAAAAUGUACAAAGACUACCUGAUCAAACAUGAGGUCAUCUUUAUUUUAUCACUUUGGCUACGUUGACAUCACAGGGCUCAAUUCUGAUUUUUCCCAAGAUCGAUCUUUCUGCCUAGACUGCUUACAUUCAUGUUUGAAGUGACCCGUAUCUGACAUCAGUGUGAGCGGACGCUGCCCUGAAACGCCUCACAUGCAGUCAAUAACAUCACACACCUCUUACUAACGUACACCGAGCGAGCGAGUGAACUCUGGCGGAUGGAGUGUGAAAAAAUGUUCAGAUACACAACGAGCGACAAACAAGUUCAGGGAGCCGAUGGGAGUUCUGAGCGAGCCAAAGCAACGACGGAGGUGUGCAAAGCUUUGCCAAAAUAGAGCUAGGACGAGUGUUUUCUCAAACAGGCAUCAUGUAACUCAGCUUGUUGACUGACACACAGAGCAGAUUAAAGCAUCUUCAUUGGGAAACACUGAAACAAUCCCCUCUUGCUCAUUCGCAUCACGUCCUAUAUGUUGGAACAACAACAAAAAACAUCACACUUGUGACCCAUGCAUUUAGGAAAUAAAAUAAAUGGUUAAAGCUUCACCUCCCAAAUGAUUUGCUGCCGUCAUCAGAUGAUGAUUCAUCUUAUGUUGAGGAUGCGGGUGAGAGGAAGGAGUCAAGGGGAGGACAGAGGUGGUGGGGCUGCAGAGUGGAGGGUUUCACAGAGGAGCAGUUCCUCCAAAACUUUAGGAUCAUCAAUAUUCUUCUGUCGUUUUGACACUGACACUGUAUGGUGAGUGAUCUGCGCCUGCAGUUAAAUAUGACGUGGAAAAUCCAUGGAUGUAUGGGUAAAACACUCACACAGCGGUCGCAUGACCACUGAUCAGAUAUGCAUCCCACUUAGGAACAGGUAUACAAGUGGCUGACAUCUUACUGGAAAAAAAAUCAAAUCUGUGUGUCUACACUAAUCAGUCAUGAGAGGAAAAAAAAUCAGAUUUGAGCCACAUUAUCUUGUAAUGUGAAUGUAGCCUUUGACAACACGGAGGAGGAAACAGGAUUUAAAAAAUGUUUUAAUAAUAAUAAUUCACUGUCUUUUCAGCUGGUUAGAGCUUACUUGGUUGGUUCUGCCUGGUCCGUCCCUGCUAAAUGUGCACUUAACCCACCUGCCUUUAAAAAACAGGAAAUAAUUAACAGUUUUCAGAUUCAACGAGAUAUCAGGAGAAACAAGUGUCUACUACAGUGAGCCACAUUUCAUCCUAGUACUGGGUGAACGUACUGGAUGGCAUGAGAACAAUUACAAUUCAGUCAUACUCCAGUCUGUUAAAUCAGAAGCAGUUUUUUGUACCUGAUACUGAAAUCUCAAAAUACUGUUAUGAAAUGUAUAAUAAUGUUAUAAUAAUGUAGAGUUUGCUAGCUAUGAAAAAUGAUUUACACUUGAUUUUUAAUGCUAAUUAUGUGAUUGUAAAGAAAUUCAGUGUUUGCUCUUCUAUGAAAAUAAAGUAAUUGAGACUAAAAGACUGAUCGACUGAUGAAUUUAGAGAAUCAUCACCUGAAUCUGCAGCUCUCCUCAGCUUUACAGAGCUUCUUUGCAAGUUUCAGCUCAUCGUUUUGCUGACUGUUCCACAACUUUACUGUUUUAGUUCACAGCUUGUUUUUGAUGCUUCAAGUGGCCGAAAAUUCAAUCUACACAAGUCAUUAAAUUAACAUAAAUUUUCCAGAAAAGGAGUUUGCACCCCUGACAAUGGAGCAAUAGUUUUAUGAAUAGCUUCCUGUUUGGUCUGUUUUUGUGCUUACUAGCUGAAGACAAUGCUGUGUGUUCCUGUUUGUCCCGCUGAUUGACAGUUUGCAGUGGCAGUGUGCAAAGAAAUGUGCCAAUAAAGGCAGUGAAGAAGUCAGUUAGCAAGUAGCUGUAGAUGACACAGGAUUUAAAAACCCAGUUUGCUCCCAGUGGCUGUUCCAUUGGUGUGUGAGUGUGUUAAAAAAAUUGAGUAGUAGGUGAAACCGUGUAUGGUAGCUUCUUACACUCUUGUGUGAAUGUGACUCGAAGUGUAAAGAGUGCUUUGAGUGGUUGGAAGACUUGACUUAAUUUUUAAUAUCAGUGCAAUUAUAAGGAACUUUAAUGGGUCUUUUUGCUCUUUAGUUAAUGGAAAGUUAAGACUAGAAACAAAUUAAAUAUGCUGCUUCAGUACUUGCCACUGUGGACAAUAUUUGUUGCAGUCAUAGUUACAGUUGACCUGUAUCCAUUAAACAAGUGGCUUGAUGGACACCUCCAUUUUCAAAAUUACAGCAAACCAUCUUCUCUUGUUACAUUUUUUUUUUUAUUACAUUGAUACAUUUUCUGUAUAUUUUACAUUGAUUUACACGACAUCUUUAUUAUAAAAUUAGAAUUAUCUGAUUAAAUUCACAUUUGCAAGAUUGAGGAGGGAGGAAAAAAAAAAGAAAUGAGUCAGAGCUGAAUGUGUUACUUGAUUUAGCUGAGCGAGUUUGUUUCAUGUGCUCGUGCACCCUGACACAAACUGAUCUCUUCGUGUUGCGAUUAUCUGGGGGGGGGG